AUCCGAAGCCCGUGGGGAUGAAUCCCUCUAGUGUCUGGAAAUAACCUAGAUCGGCUCCAUAUAUUUUCUGGCCUAUCUUCGCGACUUAAUUACCUACCCUUCAACAUUUCGCGCUCGACACACCGCCGCCACGAUGAACCACGACAGCAACAAUACCCAGAAGGUGAAGCUCACCGGCGAGCAGGUUGCCCAGCACAACAACACCGAAUCAUGCUGGGUUAUCAUCCACGGCCGCGCCUACGAUGUCACCGAGUUUCUGCCUGAGCAUCCUGGAGGCCAAAAGAUUGUCUUGAAGUAUGCUGGCAAGGAUGGCACCGAGGCAUUCGAGCCAAUCCACCCGCCCGACACGCUUGACAAGUAUCUCGACAAGUCCAAGCACUUGGGCGAGGUGGACAUGAACACCGUCAAGGAAGAAGCGAAGGAGAUCGAUCCGGAUGAGGAAGCGAGGCAGGAGCGCAUUGCGCGCAUGCCCAUCUUGGAGCAAUGCUACAACCUGAUGGACUUUGAGGCGGUCGCGCGCAAGGUCAUGAAGAAGACGGCAUGGGCAUACUACUCUAGUGGUGCAGACGACGAGAUUACACUACGAGAAAACCACAGCGCAUUCCACAAGAUCUGGUUCCGACCACGCGUACUCAUCGACGUCGAAAAGGUCGACAUGUCCACCACAAUGCUCGGCACCAAAGUAGACAUACCCUUCUAUGUCACCGCGACAGCGUUGGGCAAGCUCGGUAAUCCAGAGGGAGAGGUCGUUCUUACGCGCGGCGCACACAAGCACAAUGUUGUUCAGAUGAUACCAACGUUGGCAUCCUGCUCAUUCGACGAGAUUAUGGACGAAGCAAAAGACGGUCAAGUCCAAUGGCUGCAGCUAUACGUCAACAAGGAUCGGGAGGUCACAAAGCGAAUUGUGCAGCAUGCCGAGAAACGCGGCUGCAAGGGUCUCUUCAUUACCGUCGAUGCACCGCAGCUCGGUCGUCGCGAGAAAGACAUGCGGAGCAAGUUUGAUGAUGUCGGCAGCAACGUCCAGAGCACCGGCGGCGACAAUGUUGACCGUAGUCAAGGCGCCGCACGAGCCAUCUCGUCCUUCAUUGACCCGAGCCUCAGCUGGAAAGACAUCCCCUGGUUCAGGAGCAUCACCAAGAUGCCUAUCAUCCUCAAGGGUGUGCAGUGUGUUGAAGAUGUUAUCCGCGCCGUCGAGGUUGGUUGUGAUGGCGUUGUCCUUUCGAACCACGGUGGUCGUCAACUCGAUUUCGCUCGCUCAGGUGUCGAGGUACUCGCAGAGGUUAUGCCAGUUCUCCGCGCACGCGGCUGGCAAGAUCGCAUUGAAGUUUACAUCGAUGGCGGUAUUCGACGCGCAACAGACAUCAUCAAGGCUGUUGCACUGGGCGCCAAGGGUGUAGGCAUUGGUAGGCCAUUCCUCUACGCCAUGUCGGCAUACGGUCUGCCAGGUGUCGACCGUGCCAUGCAGCUGUUGAAGGAUGAGAUGGAGAUGAACAUGCGCCUCAUUGGUGCCUCGAGCAUUGCAGACCUAAACCCUUCGAUGCUUGAUACAAGAGGACUCAGCAUGCACACUGCCACCGUGCCUCACGACACUCUGGGUAUGAAUGUCUAUGACCCGCUCAUUGGCCCUCAAGAAAGUGUUGUCAAGGAGAAGUCCAAGUUAUAGAGAAGCUUGUCAUUGCAUUGUAUAUAUAUUUAGGCGCAGCGUAUUUCUCCAAAUCUUAUCAAUCGAUAUUAUCAGCAAGAUGCCGUCUUUGAAC